AUGAUCAAAUAUUUGAGAAAACUCCCCAAUGAGCGCGCACUCCUGCGUUGCUAUGCUACGCAUUCUUUCAAUACCGAUCCCAUAUAUGAUGAAUCGUGGCCAAAGAGCAGCAAUCCAACACCUUAUGAUAUAUUUGGAUUACCUCCAGGGCAAGUCGAUCCACGUUUACUGAAGAAGAAGUACUACUCGCUAGCAAAACUCUAUCACCCCGAUAUUACCAAUAAUAUCACGAUACUCACAUCGAAGAAACAUCACAAAGCCGAGAUCGAUAGUUCAAACAUAAUGUCUCUCUCAGAAAAGAUGGAUCGGUUUCGGAUGCUAAGUGAAGCUUACGAGAUUUUAGGCGACAUGAAGAAAAAGAGCACGUACGACCGCUUCAAAACCGGCUGGUCUCAUUCCCCAACGCUAGACCGUAGUGCGGCUUAUGCGUCAGCAACUAGUCAUGGAUACCACCAAAACUAUAACUACGAGUACUGGAACGCGGGAACUUGGGAGGAAGUUAAUAAUUUGAAGAAUAAGGAUACCAAGAAACUCUCCCCGUGGGUUAUUAUCGCAUGGGUAUGUGGUCUCUUUGGAUGUAUCGAGUUCACUGCACUCCUCACGAGAAUUGAGGACUCUCUAACCAAGAACCACUUCACGCACGAUGAAACUGAAAGGGACCUCGUGCAGGCAUACAUCAACUACGGCCUUGAUACUGACAAAUGGUCCCGCCUAAGAAGAUUUUUGUGGUUUAGAACCUACAGUCUAUACAGGAACAAGGACGAUUUAGAUCGGGAAGCUAAGAAGAAUGAAAAGAUGGUCCAAACGCUAAGAAACAAAGAAGAAGGUGAAUAA